GAGAGAGAGAGAGAGAGACAGAGAGAGAGAGAGAGAGGGAGAGAGAGAGACACAGACAGACAGAGAGAGAGAGAGGGAGAGAGAGAGACACAGACAGACAGAGAGAGAGAGAGAGAGGAGCGCGCGCUAAUUAGGAAAACCUGGUCGAGCAAUUAAGCGGCAGACGACGCGCGGAGCGCAGCACAAGAAGGUGGCUGUCCGGCACGAGGGGAAGGGGGAUUCGUGAAGACCAAAACCAGAUUUAGAUCCCCAGUCACCUUGGCACCAUGAGUUGGAGCUUCCUAACGCGUCUGCUGGAUGAGAUCUCCAACCACUCCACCUUCGUGGGGAAGAUAUGGCUGACGGUGCUCAUCAUCUUCCGCAUCGUGCUGACGGCCGUGGGGGGUGAAACCAUCUACUACGAUGAACAGAGCAAAUUUGUCUGCAACACGCAGCAGCCCGGGUGUGAGAACGUGUGCUAUGAUGCGUUUGCGCCGCUCUCGCACGUCCGUUUCUGGAUCUUUCAGGUCAUCAUGAUCACAACCCCGACUAUUAUGUACCUGGGAUUCGCCAUGCACAAGAUCGCCCGCAUGGAAGACAGCGAGUACCGGCCGAGCCGGACCACGAAGAAGAAGAGGAUGCCCAUCGUCAGCCGUGGGGCAGUUCGCGACUAUGAGGAGGCGGAGGACAAUGGCGAGGAAGACCCGAUGAUUGCUGAAGAGAUUGAACCAGACAAGCCUGACAAAGCAGACAAAAGCUCAGAGAAAAAGCAUGAUGGUCGUCGGCGGAUUAUGCGUGACGGACUGAUGAAGGUCUACGUGUGCCAGCUGCUGUGGCGCUCGUCCUUCGAGGUGGGCUUUCUGUUAGGCCAGUACAUCCUCUACGGCUUUGAGGUGAUACCCUCCUAUGUCUGCACUCGCUCACCGUGCCCGCACACGGUGGACUGCUUCGUGUCCCGCCCCACGGAGAAGACCAUCUUCCUGCUGGUGAUGUACGUGGUGUCUUUCCUCUGCCUGCUUCUCACCCUCCUGGAAAUCCUCCACUUGGGGAUCGGCGGCAUUCGCGACACCUUCCGCAGGCGGGCCACCCUCAACCCUCGGCCUCAACCCCCGGUGCCACCACCCUCCUCACGUUCCCUGGCGACAGCCCCGCCAGGAUACCACGCCACCAUGAAGAAGGAGAAACUAAAAGGAGAGCUGAGGGAAUCGCCCAUAGCCGACUCUGGCAGGGAGAGCUUCGGGGAUGAGGUGACCUCGUCCAGGGAGAUGGAGCGGCUGAGGAGGCACCUGAAGCUGGCGCAGCAGCACCUCGACCUGGCCUACCAGGCAGACGAAGGUAGUCCGUCGCGAAGCAGCAGCCCAGAGGUAAACGCGGCCGCACAGACGGCCGCCGAGCAGAACCGCCUCAACUUUGCCCAGGAAAAGCAGGGAGAGGCGAGCGAGAAAGGACUACAUGCCUGAGCGUGCUUCCUGCCUCAAACGUCUGUUCCUUCAUUCCUACUGGCCUUAAACACAUGGGGGAAGCACAUAUGGGAAUGCAGUCAGACCACUGAGGGAGACCAAAGUUUGUGAGUGUUUAUGUGUAUGUGUAUGCGUGAAUGAGUGAAUGAGAGAAAUGAGCCUUUCAGUAUUAGGGGUUAGUCGAAAAGAGAGAGAGAAACGCUGACCGAGCUGUGUUGUGACAAAUGGUUCAUCUCCAGGACUCUAAACUUGAAAGCCUGCCACAUCUCGGAUUCUCGCUCGCCAGCCUAUGUUUAAGCCUCGACUGUGCCUUCGGCUAAAAACCUUGUCUACACCCUGCUCUUUCACCCACUGUCGUGUUAUCGUGGCCAAACAAUAUCCUUGUCCGUUUCAGACCUGGUAAGGAUCGUCAUGAGCUUUAAACUCCUCCAGCUUCACGGAAAAACAAAGAGGCUCCCUUUUUAUAAAAUGUCAAGACUCUGUUGAGGCUUGUUGGCCUCAGAGAGAAUCCCAAACAGCGCAGCCGUGGGCAAUAUUGUUUUUGGAGCGUGUGCAGCGGGCUUAACCUGCACCAGAUGAGUCACGUUAAUUCAAACAGAUUAGAUUCUGGGGAUUAUUGUUUCUUAGCAAGAAACCACACCAUUUCAGAUCAUGUUUGACAGAUAUUUGAAGCCUGUGUCACUUACCCAAUCUGCCAAAAUGUUUACCUGGAAAAUGCUUGAAUUCUUUAUUGACAAGAAAUGGUGUGAGGAAUUUCCAAGAAUCAUUUGUUUGUACAAUCAGAUCAUUUAAAAGUACCUUUUUUUUUUUUUUUUUUUUUUUUUAUACAAUGACCAAAUCUAUAGAUUAGUUACCUUUUUUCUAGAGAGUAGUGUUGGCAUAACAAACACCGUCUGUUUCACAAAAGUUCUUGGAAGUAGGCACUUGGAUGUUGGUUAUUACUUUCUUCUCUAACUGAUGUUCUAUAAAACUGAUUCACAAUGUUCUCCAUUGCAAAAUUUCAUUUCAUUUUGUGGAUUUCUUGUAACAUCUGUCUCCAAGGCUACUGUCAACAGUGAAAACUUCACCCGUGUCUUUUGAAAUUUACAUUCUUCUUUGGUGAGCCAUAUUUUCCGUCCCUGACAUGCACCGCUGCUCCUCCUCUGCAUCCUGGAGAAGCCAGCUGAGGAGAGUAUGACAGCUGGCUGCCGGCACACGGCCCGGGUGCCAUGUAAACACACACAAUCUUCGAUUCACUGCGAGACUUUUCAUCAUCAGCAAGCUUUCAUUGUUCGUGCAGAGUUCAUACUUGUUUGUUGCCUGGCACUUGGUUUUAUGUUCUGUGGCUGGAAAAUAAAUUCAAACUACAGUUUGCCAAGGGAGAGGUUUGAUGCUGUAUUCUUGUUAUCAUCUCACUUCCAGUUUUGCUACUUAUAAAAAGGUACGACAUUUCAUGCUGAAUAUGGUACUUCAGUGGUUUAUACUUGUUUGUUUUUUUUUCUAUUGCAAGUUUUGUAGUUUUUGUAACUGUAGAGAUUAUUUUUCUUCAGAGUAAAUAAAUAAAUAUAUAUGAACAAAG